UCCUAUGCGUGGGCCGUUUCCGCUCUAACCCGGAUCCAUAACAACAGCUGGAAACGGCUGCCAGUCUAACAGCAAAGUAAGCGACUCAGGCUGCUGCUGGAGUUCUUUAUUCACGGGUACACUGAGUUUACCGCCACGGGCGUUUCAGCGGCGGCAGACAGGUGCGAUAGGUGUGCGGCUGUCGUAGCUAACGCGCCCAGAGACGCGACAUGAACACUCUGGCUGAAGUUUGUUCCCGUUAGCAGACGUUAGCGGCAUCACCGGAAACGGAGGGACGUCGACUGCUCGCUAGCCCGCUGGAGCACACACACCGUCAACAACAACGACAGCGAUCCUGUCAGCAUCAGUGGGGGCCACGCUCACAUCCGACACGUGUUGAGGUGUGAUGGGGAAUCAGCUGGCGGGGAUCGCCCCCUCACAGAUCCUGUCCGUGGACAGCUACUUUUCAGACAUCCACGACCAUGAGUACGAUAAGAGCCUGGGCAGCACCCGCUUCUUCAAGGUGGCCCGGGCCAAACACCGAGAAGGCCUGGUGGUGGUCAAAGUCUUUGCCAUCCAGGACCCUUCGCUGCCUCUGACCAGCUACAAACAGGAGCUGGAGGAGCUGAAGAUCAGACUGCACUCCUGCCAGAACUGCCUGCCCUUCCAGAAAACGUCCCUGACUGAGAAGGCCGCCAUCUUGUUCCGUCAGUACGUUCGCGACAACCUGUACGACCGCAUCAGCACCCGGCCCUUCCUCAACAACGUGGAGAAGCGGUGGCUGGCCUUCCAGAUCCUCAACGCUGUCGACCAGGCGCACAAAGCCGGGGUCCGCCACGGAGACAUCAAGACGGAGAACGUGAUGGUGACCAGCUGGAACUGGGUGCUGCUCACCGACUUCGCCAGCUUCAAGCCCACGUACCUGCCGGAGGACAAUCCCGCCGACUUCAACUACUUCUUUGACACAUCCAGGCGGAGGACGUGCUACAUCGCGCCAGAGAGGUUUGUGGAUGGAAGCAUGUUCACCUCAGAGAGCGACCAGAACACCCCGCUGGUGGACCUGACCAAUAACAACCAGAGGAGCAGAGGGGAGCUCAAACAGGCCAUGGACAUCUUCUCUGCAGGCUGUGUGAUAGCCGAGCUGUUCACCGAGGGCGUCCCCCUCUUCGAUCUGUCCCAGCUGCUGGCCUACCGUAAAGGACACUUCCAGACAGAGCAGGUCCUCAUGAAGAUCGAGGACCGGAGCAUCCGGGAGCUGGUGGCUCAGAUGGUGCAGAGGGAGCCGGAGAGGCGGCUGACAGCAGAAGAGUAUCUGAAGCAGCAGAGAGGAAAAGCCUUCCCCGACAUCUUCUACACCUUCCUGCAGCCCUACAUGGCUCAGUUCGCCAAGGAGACCUUCCAGUCCGCCGAUGAGCGAGUGCUCGUCAUCCGCAAAGACCUGGACAACAUCCUCCACAACCUGCGAGGAGGUUCUUCUUCCUCCUCUUCAUCCCAGGAAAGCAGCGACUGCGCGUCGGGCUCCCGGGAGGAGCAGGGCCUCAUCGUCCUGGUGUCCGUCAUCACGUCCUGUCUGCAGACGCUGCACUCCUGCGACUCCAAGCUGGCAGCGCUGGAGCUCAUCCUCCACCUGGCCCCGCGGCUCGGCGUCGACAUCCUGCUCGACCGCAUCACGCCCUACCUGCUGCACUUCUGUAACGACCCCGUGCCUCGCGUGCGCGCUCAGGCCGUGCGCACUCUGGCCAAAGUGCUGGCGCUGGUGAAGGAGGUGCCGAGGAACGACGUCAACAUCUACCCCGAGUACAUCCUGCCGGGCAUCGCCCACCUCGCGCAGGACGACGCCACCAUCGUCAGGCUGGCAUACGCAGAGAACAUAGCUCACCUGGCAGAGAGCGCGCUGCGUUUCCUGGAGCUGGUUCAGGAGAACAACGUGAACACGGAGCAGGACCUGAGCGGCGAGGACGCAGAGGAAACGCUGCACCCCAACGAAAACUACGACUCAGAGCUGCAGGCGCUGCACGAGAUGGUGCAGCAGAAGGUGGUGACGCUGCUGAGCGACUCGGAGAACAUCGUCAAACAGUCGCUGAUGGAGAACGGCAUCACGCGCCUCUGCGUCUUCUUCGGCCGGCAGAAAGCCAACGACGUCCUGCUGUCGCACAUGAUCACCUUCCUCAACGACAAGAACGACUGGCAUCUGCGAGGAGCCUUCUUCGACAGCAUCGUGGGCGUGGCGGCGUACGUCGGCUGGCAGAGCUCGUCCAUCCUGAAGCCUCUCCUCCAGCAGGGUCUGAGUGACACUGAGGAGUUUGUCAUCUAUAAAGCUCUCAACGCUCUCACCUGCAUGUGUCAGCUGGGGCUGCUGCAGAAACCUCACAUCUACGAGUUUGUCAGCGACAUCGCUCCGUUCCUGUGUCACCCCAACCUGUGGAUCCGUUACGGGGCGGUGGGCUUCAUCACUGUCAUCGCGCAGCACCUCAACGUGGCGGACGUCUACUGCAAACUGAUGCCUCACCUCAACCCCUUCAUCACCCAGCCCAUCAUCCAGAUCGAUAAGGAACUGGUCCUGCUGAGCGUGCUGAAGGAGCCCGUCAGUCGCUCCAUCUUCGACUACGCCCUGCGAUCCAAGGACAUCGCCAGCCUCUUCCGUCACCUGCUGCUGCGACAGAAGAAGCGCGCGGGGUCGAUGCCCGAGUGUCCGACUCCUGAGGACCCGGCCAUCGCACAGCUCCUGAAGAAGCUGCUGUCCCAGGGGAUGACCGAGGCCGAGGAGGACAAGCUGUUGGCGCUCAAAGACUUCAUGCUGAAAUCCAACAAGGCCAAAGCCAACAUGGGCGAGCAGAGCCACCUGGGAGAGGCGGCGCAGACCGGCGUCAUCGACCUGGCCACGCUCGGCAUCACCGGCCGCCAGGUGGACCUGGUCAAACCCAAGGCUGAGGCCGAGGACAAGAGAGCGAGGAAGCACACGAAGCAGGACUCCACGAUGAACGAGGAGUGGAAGAGCAUGUUUGGGUCCCAGGAGCCGCCCUCAGCCCAGACCGCCACGGUGAGCCCACCCCUCCCAUCAGGUGUUCGCCGCAGGCAGGCUGCCGACGGGCCGGCGACUCAGACCAGGAAGAGCGCCGCGGCCCCGGCGGUGCCCGUGCUGCAGUCGGUGCCGAGCGGCCCCACCUACCAGCGCCGCAUCAACACCUGCAAGGCGGAGCUGCAGCAGCUGGUGCAGCAGAAGAGGGAGCAGUGCAGCGCCGAGCGCAUGGCCAAACAGAUGAUGGAGAGCGCCGAGUGGGAGAGCCGGCCGCCGCCGCCCGGUUGGCACCCUAAAGGGCUGCUGGUCGCUCACCUGCACGAACACAAAGCUGCCGUCAACCGCAUCCGAGUCUCAGACGAACACUCCAUCUUCGCCACGGCGUCCAAUGACGGCACGGUUAAAGUGUGGGACAGUCAGAAGAUGGAGGGAAAGACCACGACCACCAGGUCGGUGUUGACCUAUUCUCGCAUCGGCGGUCACGUCAAGACGCUGACCUUCUGUCAGGGCUCGCACUACUUAGCGGUGGCCUCAGACAACGGGUCCAUCCAGCUGCUGGCGGUCGAAGCCAACAAACCGCCGAAAUCCCCCAAAGUUCAGCCCUUCCAGACCAGGUGUCUGGACCUGCAGGAGGACGGCUGUGCGGUCGACAUCCAUCAUUUUAACUCGGGCGCCCAGUCGGUGUUGGCCUACGCCACCGUCAACGGCUCGCUGGUCGGCUGGGACCUUCGCUCCAACUCCAACGCCUGGACGCUCCGCCACGACCUCCGCCUUGGACUCAUCACCUCCUUCACUGUCGACAUGCACCAGUGCUGGCUCUGCCUGGGAACAAGCAGCGGCACCAUGGCCUGCUGGGAUAUGCGGUUCCAGCUCCCCAUCUCAAACCACUCCCACCCUGUCCGAGCACGAAUCAGACGACUGCUGAUGCAUCCGCUCUACCAAUCGUCUGUCAUCGCAGCUGUCCAGGGGAAUAAUGAAGUCUCGAUGUGGGACAUGGAGACCGGAGAUCGUAAAUUCACCCUGUGGGCGAGUUCUGCACCUCCUCUCUCUGAGAUGCAGCCGUCUCCUCACAGUGUUCAUGGGAUCUACUGCAGUCCUGCUGAUGGGAACCCACUGCUGCUGACGGCUGGAUCCGACAUGAGGAUCAGGUUCUGGGACCUGGCGUAUCCUGAGAGGUCGUACAUCGUGGCAGGAGGAGCCCACGACUCGCUGCACUGCCCGUCAGUCCUCUACAGCAGGAAGAUCAUCGAGGGAACUGAGGUCGUACAGGAGAUCCACAGUAAACAGAAGAGCGGCGUGGCAGAGGACUCGCCUCGCCGCGGCCCAGAGUCCCUUCCUGUGGGGCACCAUGACAUCAUCACCGACAUCGCCACCUUUCAGACCACGCAGGGCUUCAUCGUCACGUCGUCCAGAGACGGCAUCGUCAAAGUGUGGAAGUGAGGACGAGCGGCAGCGCGGGACGACGCGCACACACACACACACACACACACACACACGUUUAACCUGCUGGGUCUCACCUGAACUGUCGAGUGUGUGAUGAGCUCAGAGUCAAUAUUUUAUCUUUACUGCAGCUUAUUCAAACUCCGAGUCUCCAUAUGGAACGUGGACCUGAUUCUGGACUUGGUUUAGCUUUCAGACAACAUGGAGGUCAGCUCUGUUAACCCGUCUGUCUGCCUGCCUGCCUGUCUGUCUGUCUGUGCUUUCAGUCAGCUGUAGAUUUCGUGCAGAACUUCUGUUUAAUCGGAGUAAUAUAAAGUUUGAUUUGAAUGUUGUCUUGACGUGAUGAACCUGCACUUCAGUGUCUAAUAAAAUCUGGUGUUUGACCAGAA